AUGCAAGUAUCAACAGUCUACCGCGCUGCUCUCCUCCAACUCUCCGUCAAUCCCCUAUUCGCACGUGCAUCAAUCCACACAUCUCUGACCGUCGCAUCCCAAACACAAAAUACCCGUCUCUACAGCAUCCUCUUCCCGCAGUGCCCACCAACCUACAAAACAACAUACACAAACCCAGCCUCUCAAAUCCGCACAAUGAGCGACUUUACAUCCUCCGACUCAACCGCUACGGCCAAUACCGCGACUCAGGGAUCAUCCACAGACUCCGCAGACCAGUCCCAAACGGAACCGACCAAGGUCUCAGAACAAAAGUACCUCCCAGCAAGCGCAUCCUCAGACAACAUGCAAGGAUCAAACUCCGACGGAAUAAAACUCGACAUGAGCACCGGCGGAACAGAGAUGAAACUAGACCAUUUGGGACCGAUGGUUGUCAAUACCGAUGGGACAUUAUCGCAGAUCGGAAAUUGGCAGCAGAUGAGCGAAAUCGAGAAGAAGAAUACGUUGCGGGUUAUUUCGAAGCGGAAUAAGUCCCGGCUCGCAGCUUUGAAGGCCAAGGGAGAGGGAAACGUCCCAGAAAGUGCAUCCUCAGGAUCUAGCGAAGGCGGAAACAAACUAGGUAUGAACACCGGUGGAAUAGAUAUGAAAUUGGAUCAGUUAGGACCGAUGGUUGCUAACACCCAUGGGCCAUCAUCGCAGAUUGAGAAUAGGCAGCAUAUGAGCGUGAUCGAGAAGAAGAAUGCGUUGCCAUUUAUAGAGAAGCGGAAUAAGUCCCGGUCGGAGGCUUUGAAGGCUAAGGUUGAGGAUAUUAAGAAAUGA